AUGCGUGAUCUGAAGCCUCAAGGACGCCCUUUCGCCGUAUCCGCUCUGCGUCGUCGUCGUCUUCGUCGUCUGCGGGCUCGAUAUACCGACGCCCCCGGGCGUGCAAAUAAGCGGCUCCGUGACGCGUCAUCCACCUUGUCUCACUUUGGCUCUCCCAAUGGUGGCUUGCGUGUUGUUCCCAAACCCGUUGCCACCCCACAUCAGACCGCACUCAAUCCUCGUCGAGUCUCGAACUGCCACCAGAGACGGACUCGCCAGUCGCCAGACGACCGACUCUCGAUUCCCACAUUCAGUCUUGGUCGCAAAUUAGAGAGCAGAAAAAGACGCUGUCCGUCGGAGCAAGGGGCACACACCCACAUCACCGUACGAACACACGCACGGAUGCCCAAAGCUUUCUGGGGGGACGGUCGGAAACCUCUCAUUCCUCAGUCCAUGUCGGAUUUCGGCAGAGUUGCCAAGGGGGGGCUGCAUCGUCACCGGCCAAUUGCAAGCCUCCCACCUCCCGCAUAGAAGGGUUGGAUAUUGUUCACAUUUUCUCUUUUGUCUGGGUUUGUGAUUCUGAGGCACAAGUGCGAGUAGAAAGCCUCUGUCGGCUCACAGGUGUCUGUCUGGCUAUCGUGAUGGAAUAGCAGGCACGAUGGAAACGAACCGAGGAGGUAGUUCACCGGUGAACAGGACCUCAACUGCUCGACGAAGGCACCCGGCGAUGGGACGAACGACGUCCAACGACGUUCUCAAACCUCUCACGGCGUCGCCCGCCCCCCGGUUCGCACUUCGAAGGACAUUGUACCUGGUCCAAAGUCGGCACAGCCCGAUUCAUCCCGGGCCUGGUUAGAUCGUCCGCAAUUUGACCAUGAGCCGGCUUCCGCUUUACGCGAUUUGCCCAAAAGAGAGGCCGGACGACGAACGAAUCCCCCUUCUUGCUCAUCCUUCACUAUGUCUUGCCGCCAGCGCCAAGACGUCGACUCAUGUUCCUCAAAGGCGUGUCAUAGUCUUUCAUCUCGUCUUAUCUCUGACCAAGAUUUCAACAGUAUUGGACUCCGCCCCCAGGCUGCGUAUUCCAAUAUCCUCUUGGCCCCCAUUUUGCCCCUUCCUUCAUCUGUUAGCCCUGGUGACCACUGGGCCCCCGAAGGCCAACUGACGAGCUCUUCGAGUCCUUCCUUCUGCGUCUCUUUGUUCAAGACUUUUCGUAUGCCCCUUCACCGCCGCCCGUAGGUGGCCCCGCCCCCGAGUUCCCGGACGGCUUUUUGUCUGUCAGUACAGCGACAAGCCGCACCUCUUCGGUCGAACUUCACCCCAAUCUCACAUCACACCUUGCCUUCGCUCUUCAACGUACCUCUGGAAGAGACGGCAAAGGCUUUCCGCGGCAGUCCAUCUGCCUCCUCUUGUCUCUUUCCUGGUUCAGCUAGUGCUACCCGGGCUUGCUUGCGUGGUCUGACCCGGCCCGUCGUCGUUUGUGCAGAGGGGGGAGGGGGGCAGAAGAAUCCUCAAGCGGGACGCGCGUACCCUGGACCCCGCUCCCUCCCCCUUCCGGACUUUCAUUCUUGUAGAUCAGCACUUUAGUUUUGAGAGAGCAGACAGAGAAGAAGAAAAAAAAGAAUAGUGCUUUUCCGGGCGAGCGGUGUCCGUUCCACAAGACUGCUUUUGGCCUCUUUCCUCUGCCGGUGGAAGAGAGAUAUCAAGACCCUCCUGGCCCUUGGGCGACGAAACGGUGGGAUAUCUGGAUCCUUUCUCACAACGGAAUGGAUUGUGUUUCGUCUGUUCACUCUUCUGUCUUAGUUCUUGGGCCCAGCCGGUGUUUUUGGCCCUUCCCCGUCUUCUCUCUUUGAUCCCGUGCGGGCGUACGGCGCUGCCUCCGGAGGCGAACCCACUCUGGCCACGACGCCAAGCGGACAUGAGGCUCUCGAGCCUGACUCUUGUCAUGUCCCCCCCCCCCCCCCCCUUCCCUUUCUCCCUCCCCGUGAGACCGUCG